CAAUAAUCAGAUUACCGGUGGGCAUUCUUGUAACUCGACCUGCAACUAAUUAACAUUUUCAUUACUUGUUAAUUUCCCGGUUUUUCUUGAUAAAUCCAGAAGUGGUUUCUUCCAACAACAAACGCCAAACAAGAACAGAUUUACUUUUAGAAGCUUAAAUUACAAUUUUGUUGUUGUUUUUCGAUUAUCACAACAGCUGGCGAUAAAUGUAACAUCCGAUUAUUGAUCGAUGGGGAUGCGGCAGUCCCUCCCCCCCCCUCUGCAGUCUCUCCAGUAGUACAUGCCCGACAUUCAAACGGAAGCAGGCGCUACCAUUUUGAAACGCAGCACCGCCUAGCGCCAUGGACAAGAGCCACACAGUGAAGCUCUUUGUGGGCAACCUGGCGUUGGACACCACGCAGGAGGAGCUGUCGGCCAUCUUCGAACCCUAUGGCCAGGUGGUCAGCUGCAGCGUGCUGCGGCAGUUCGCCUUUGUGCACCUGCAGGGCGAGGGCGCCGCCGAGCGCGCCAUCCGCGAGCUCAACGGGCGGGAGUUCCGCGGUCGGAAUCUGGUGGUGGAGGAGUCGAGGGGGAGGCCGCUGCACUCCACCAAGGUGUUUGUGGGUAACCUGAGUGGCAUGUGCACCACGGAGGAUCUACAGCAGCUGUUCCAGACGUUCGGGAAAGUUCUCGAGUGCGACAAAGUCAAAGGCUACGCCUUUGUGCACAUGGAAAACAAGGAGGAUGCGCUCCAGGCCAUCGAGGCCCUGCACGGCACCUCAUUUAAGGGACGCCCCCUGUCUGUCGAGCUGUCCAAGGUCCAGCCCAGCAAGCAGGCACCUACAGGGAAAAUCCCCUGUGUGAACUGUGGGAAGCAGGGCCACUACGCGGGAGAAUGCCCCGUGGGGAAGCCGUCUCUGGAGCAGUACCAGAGUCAAGCGGCCGUCCUGGCCGCUGCUGCAGCCGCAGCCGCUGGGCUGCCCCUCCAGGUCCAGCAGAGCGUGCACAACUCGGUCUACAACACCACCUCCUUCGACCCCACGUAUGCGGCUCUCACUGGAAUCACCACCGGCACACGCACGGAUGGCAACCCGGUGAACCCGGCGGUUUAUGGUGCCCUUGCCAGCCAGGUGUAUGGCGCCAAUGUUGCCAAUCAGCUUUACGGUUCAGUGGCCAAUCAGGCGGCUCUUACGUCCGCCGCCACCCAAAUGUACAGCUCAAUGGCGCCCAACAUCUACGGCCAGGUGGCUGCUUCCCCGGCAGCCGCUGCCGCUGCUGCUGCCCAUGCCUACUCCACUCAAGUUUACACCCCAACUGUCGGCAACCACCAGGUCUACCUGACCGCUGCUCCUGGGAUCGAGAUGCCUUCGGCCGCAGCUGCAGUGAACACCGCCUACUCCGUAGCACCAGCGAUCUAUGGCGCCGCCACGCCGGCUUAUGCUCACAUCAGCGCCAUGGGAGCAGCGGACCCCACCACGGCCAUCUUUGAGGCAGCAAGACAGGCACAUUACUAUGCCCAAAGCCAGCAGGUUGUGGCCGAGCAGCAGUCGGCAGCAAAAUCUGGUGAGAGGGACCGCAGUCCCCUACGGAGGUCAACACCCCUGCUACCAGACCCUGUAUUGAAGCCGUUCAUUUACCAGAGAGCCAAGCCGCGCCGCCCGCUGCUCCCGACCCCAGCUGGUCGAGCAGCAGAAGAGGCUGAGGCUGUCGAGGACCCCAUGGCCAGGUACUAUGCUGAGUACUACCAGCAGCUGCAGCAGUACCCCCAGUUCCAGUACGCCUACCCGCCGCCGGGCGCCAUGACGGCCAUCGCCGGCAUGCCGGGAAUGUCGGCCAUGCAGAUGCCCACCAUGUCCGCGAUGUCGGCUCAGCAGGUCGCCGCGCUGGACGCCCUCAGGCCAGUGGUCCCCACCGCCGCGGCAGUGGCAGCCGCCAUGGCCGCGCCCAGGGUGUAUGAGCCGCCGUUGCCGCCGCCCACGCGCAAGGAGGCCAUCCUCCGCCGCCCCGAACUCUCCCUUCACACGCCUGAGCCCCCCUUCCGAUAGCCACACGCAACUCUCUGCCCCCUCCCAUCCCUCCCUCUCUGCCCUGAACACCCCCACACAUUUCCUCCUCCUCCUCCUCCUUCUCCUCCUCCUCCCCAAACUCGACCACCUUACAGCAGCUGUAUACGUGUGUGUGUGAAUGUACGAGUGUGCGUCGGGAUGUGGGGUCGGGUUUGGAAACUUCUCCCUGGGUUUAUUAACCUGCUCUAUGAGGGAAUUGGCGAGCUGACCUGGGUCUUGUUCGCACACACGCAGUGCAGCCAUGGAAAGCUCUCGUCUGUUGUACGGGCAUUAUUUCCGCUUCUCCGUUUUUUUUUUUGUGUGUGUGUGUGUUUCCUUUAUCGUGCCAGUCACACACUUGUGCCAGUAUUAGACCGACCCUGUCGGUUGUUUCCAUAUGCCUUUAUUUCUUCAAGCCAGUUUUGAUUUUUCUACGGCCAAAUCUACGACACAUUGGUUUUGGAAUCAGUCAUCCCUUCCUCACUCGGGUUCCGGGUCAGACUCUCCACGUUCACGCAGUCACACUCCAGUCUCAUUCUUCCCGGAGCACGGCAUUAUUUCCCAGUCCAAUUGGUGGUUUGUUUGGCAAUAAUAAUAAUAAUUUAGAAAAAAAAAAAGAUGGUAACCAUGGAAACUUGCUCCAGUUUAUAUGAGGAAGCCCACUGGUUUCUAAACAUUUACAGAGAACAUGAAAGAACAGAAACGAGGGCACAUCUCCUGCAACGUGAGAUGGAGUACGGCCCUCGUUGGAAUGCGAACAGAACCACGGGGAUGUACAGUAAGUGGCUCUCGACGGAUGCGGGACGUGGCGAGUGUGACCCGGCUCCCCUUUCGGGCCUAGAUGAUCAGUCAGGGCAGCUAAUUUGAAACCUUUUUUGCCUUAUGAUUUCUAAUGUAAUCAGAUGGGACGUUCAGAAAAAAAGAAAAACCACAUUGUUUACUGGCUGCACUGCAAUGUGUCCCAACAGGAUCGAGGUUGACGUGCUUUGCGCGGGUGGGUGGGUUGGGGGGGCGUUUGUUUUGAAUGUGAUGUGGAUGCGGUAUGUCUGUGAGAGAAGUGCGGGCUCCUGACCCUGGCAGCACACAAACGCAGCAGCUUCGACUGCGCCUUUGCAGAAAACAAACAAACACGUGAAGCACACAUAAUACGUACUGUACUGUAUGUUUGGAUCUCUCCUUGACCUCCCCCCCGUUUUCUGAUUCCCUUCCUCCUCUUCCUCCUCCUCGCUGAAAGACACUGCUUCACCUUUCCAACGACAGCCGCCUACCUCUCUGUCAAUUUAACUCUGUCGUAAUGUGUUCUGUCUCACACCACUUCUCACCCAGUCAGCCGUUUAUCUUAUUUUUUCUCUGCUCCUCAAAAAAAAAGGUACGAGGUCAGCAGCGGGCGGGGGGUUUUUUUUUUUUUACGGAGGAGCCAGGGUUUUCAGCGACAGUAACGUUUGUAGAUAAUCCUCCACGUCCAGAGGCCUUUCUUUUUAAAGCAGUGCGCGUGUGUGUUUUUUGUUCCGUGUCCUGUAGUUUACAUGUAAUACAAGUCAAAAAACGGGGUUUUAAUGAACUGUAAAUAGGAGAGGGGGGGGGAGGAGGAGGAUGUGCCUCCCCUCCUGCGUGACUACUGAAUGAGCUGUUUACAACGGAUCAUCCGCAUCCUACGAUAGGAAUCACAAUAGUAUGUGACGAGCUUAAUUAUGUGCCUAUGAGCUUUGAAAGAAGUGCAUUACGUGGAGCAAUCUCCCAUUUUUAAGUGCUUUUGAUAUUACUUUUCAAUCGUUUCAAGGGAAUUCCUUGACAAUUUGUAUGACUUUAGGCCCCCAUUCAGACCUGCCGUUAACAUCCCUCCUGAAUACGUCUUUAAAUCUUGAUUUAAAAAAAAAACACACUCAGAUGUGGGUUGGGGGGGACACGUGUUCAGAUUCUUGAGCAUGCAUGAAUGUAGUUUGGUCAUCGGGACGGAUUAGAGUCCGCCUCCUCCGCUGAAGCCAUUUGAUCGGCGGCCGUUUCUCACACUAAUUAGCGUUCGCGUGUUGAUUUAUUUGUAGCCUCUGCCACAGUUUUAACGCGGACGGCCGUGGGAUUUCUUUUCUUUUCUUUGACUGGCUUGAGCUCCUCUCGUGUCCUUCUUUUCUCUCUAAUGAUGCCCACAGCAAAAGCAUCCAGGACACAUUUUUUUUUUGAUACCAGGUCUGAACGGGGGCCUUAGUUUCAUAUCAAAGUGUUUAAAUAAAAAGCCACAAAUCGGGCCUCACAGGUUCUGGUUAUAAAGCAGAAGUAAUAGCACCAAUGAUGUGAGAGAUGGGGCAGUGUCUUCCAGUUGCCCCCCUUCUUUCUUCUCCCCCCAAAAAUCCUCCUUUUUUUCCCCCCUAUCUACCAGACCUGCGUCGGAUUGUAAUUGCCAAAACGUUUUGUUGUCCGUCUUUGAAACGGGGAUUGUUUUAUCCGAUCGGUGGUGUUUGUCAAAGCUUGCCUCACGAAAACUCCACCUAUCUGCUUCUACAAUCACUCUUUUAUUUGUGCAGCUACUAUUUGACAACGGUCUGAUGCACACACAACCCCCCCCUCACUCUUCCUUUCUGAACUCCCCCUCCCCCUCUCCCCCUGUGGUUUUUAGUGCUUCAGUGACUUUCGCAUUUCACAGUGUAAUCUUUCUGUGUCGUAUAUACAAACACAUACCAGUUGCAUCCUUUGUAGAACUACGUGGUUUGCGGAAAAAUGUCUUGUUUGCCAUGUUUGAAAACCAUAUUUUAUAGAGAAGUAUUUUAAUUUUGCCUCUUUUUUCUUUUUUUUUUUUUUAGGAAAAGUCAAAAUAAUUUUAAAAAAAAUAGGAAAGAAAAGGAAAAACAAAAAAACGCAUGCUUUUUAUGGAGAAUAAUGUAUACUACUACACACCUUAUUAUAAUAAAGAAUGUUUGGCUGACUAUUGUGACAAAAAGACAGCAAAGGGUUUGGACAUUUCCCCUUCUUCUUCUUGUUUAUGUUGUUCUUCUCUACUAUUCUGUUUCUCUUGUGUAAAAUGACCACCAGACCCAUUUGACUGGGGACCCGGGGUGGAGACAGGUGUAGAUGUUGGCCGCAGCUUUGCUCUCUUUGGUCGGGGUAAGUGCGGGUUGGUGCUCCUUUCUCUCCCCAGCCUCUCAUGAUGUUUGCAAACUGGCAUUCAUGCGAGAGAAAGAAAAAAAAAAAAAGGUUUGCAUUUCAGUGGUGAAUUCUGGCAAUCAAAGGUGUCCUUUAAUACUUUUAUUUUCAUGCAAAAAAAAAAAAAAAAAAAAAGGACAAAAAUCACGUUGAGAGCUGGGGAGAGGCACACAGAUGGAAUGGCUUGGGUGCAUUUUGAUCUGUGGAGCCGUCCUGUUCCUGGGGGUUGAUGGGUGUGCGUCUGGUCUGGUCUGGUCUCCUCCCUGCUCCACCAAAUCCCGCCCUCUCCCUCCCUCCCUCCCUCUUCUCGUGUGUCUUUGUGUCCACUCUACUCUCAGACCUGCAUGUGUGAUCAUCUGUAACUCUGCCGCAAAAAAAAACAAAAA